GUACUGUUAAAGCAGGUGCGUGGCUGUGCUUGAAAAACGUCGAACAUCUUCGAGAGCCACUAGUCUCGGGACUUACUAACCACUUCAGGCAGUUAAAAGUAGCUGCUGGAGAAAUCUCUGCUCCCGACUUCCAAAGUGCGAUAUUCGCGACCACAUUGAGAGCACUCCCGAAACCUCUCACAUCGCAAUUUAGACCUAUUGCUUUGGCCCAGCUCGAUGAACGUUUUGUGUCUAAAAUAUAUUUGCGAGCUCAUGGAAUCCAGGCUUGGGAACAACUUGCGUCUAAUCUGAGUGAAUUUUUUAUGAAGGUUAGGGAUUUACUAUCUCCUCAGCUCCACUACGAUCUCACGUUCAAAGCGACAAAAUUUGCACUGCUCUCAAUGGUUGAAAGGUCACAAAAGGGAAGUGUCAAUGCGAAAAUGUUACAAUCACUUCUUGAAAACUAUUAUAAACCUCGUCUCUCGGCUUGCGACGUUUCAAUGUUUGACUUGGUAAUGGCCGAGGUCUUUGGAGAUGCGGAAAAAACUCCAGGAUUGCUAGACGCACGCUUUUUAGAGACGUUAAAAGGCGAAGUUGAAGCCCGUGGAUUAUUAGCCACCAAAGUGUUCCUCACCAAAUGUCAGCAGUUUCGAGAUUCAAUCGAAUCAUGGCCAGCGGUUAUACUUUUGGGAGACACUUUAACAGGAAAAACAACUUGCCUCCAGUUGGUGGCAACAUCAAUAGCGAAGCACUCGCAGAACCAGCGGAGUGUGGUGCUCAAAGUAAUAAACCCAGCAGCGUUGACCCGUGGGAGGUUGCUAGGGCAGUUCGGCGCCACUGGAGAGUGGCAUGAUGGCGUGAUGUCAACAACGUACCGCGAAUUCGCCAUUUCUAGCAGCAAAAUGGAAAAUAAAUGGAUCGUUCUUGACGGUCCAAUCGAUAGCAAAUGGGCGGACAACCUGAACUCUGCUUUAGAUGAAACAGGGAAAUUGUGCUUGACAUCCGGCGAAAUGAUUAGGACUUCACCUUAUUUGAAAAUUGUGAUGGAAUGCGAUGAUUUGAAGUUUUGCUCUCCCUCACUGAUAAGCAGAUGCGCUGUUAUUAAUUUUGAAUCUCGACUCGGCAGUUGGCAAAAUUUGAAAGAGCCCUUUGCGAAAAUAGAUCUUAAAAAUCGUCUUUCCAUGGACGAGCAAUACGAGUUGAUUGUCGAGCUCGUUGAUUGGCUUUUGCCUCCGCUUAUCGUCCUCACUCUAACACUGGAAUCGAUGCUGGCUGCCACCGAUCUUAUUUUGUUCAACUGUUUCAAAAAGCUCUACCUGGGCAUGCUCGGCGAAGAAACGCAGUUUUCAUCUCUUUGGUUGCAAAAUGCAUUGAUAUUCUCCUUGAUUUGGGGUUUGGGCUCUUGCUUAACAGAUGAAGGACGAACAAAAUUUGACGUAUUUUUCAGGAACCUGAUAAACGGGGAAAAUAAAAUGUAUCCUCGACCAAAAAGCUUCAAACUCACUCUCCAGCAACUCGUCCCUGAAAAGGGUCUCGUUUUUGACUGGGCGCUGGAUAAGAAAAACAACGCGACUUGGUUGGCAUGGGUCGACUCACUCCCUAAAAGUCAAAUGAAAGUGAUAGGGUGGCAAGGCAUCGCUGUCCAACGCCAUUUUACGCUGUCCAACAUGUCCAUGGGCGUCCCGCUGCUGGUUCUGGGCCCGCGAGGGUGCGGAAAAACUUGCUCGGCGAUGGAUUUGCUGCAUAGUUUGCCUGCAGAGGAAUUUUUGGUCAACGCAACGUUUCUCUCAGGCAACACUUCGGCGCAACAAUUGCAAAAGACGAUCGUAGGACGCCUGGACCGGCGCCGGAAAGGUGUCUUUGGACCGCCAAUGGGCCGUCGGUGCCUACUUUACGUAGACGGUCUGGCGGCAGGACACGAGGGGCCAGCGGAGCUGCUGAGACAGUGGCUUGGACACGGCCACUGGUACGAUGUGGACAACUCAAAGCUAGAGCUUGUCGACCUGGCUCUGCUGGCCACUUGCAAUGAUGCAAUAUCUCUACCCAAGCGGUUGCUAGGGCAGCUCUUUUUGUUGGGAUUAAAUGCUGUGUCCGACUCUGCGUUGGAGAGGAUAUUUUCCGCGCAAUUAGAGAACCACUUCGCAAAAGGCUUUACGUCGAAUAUUACAAGGGCCAUAAAGGGGACUGUUCAAGCAACGAUGGAGUUAUGCCAAACUGCGCCAAAGGGUCUUGCUAACAAAACCUCGUCAUGGCAACUGUCUGAUUUAGCCGUUGCUCUCUCACAGGCGCAACCAUCUCAUUUUAGCGAUGCAGAUAAACUCGCCAGAUUGUGGAUUCACGAGGCGUCUAGAAUAUUUAUGGACGCACUACAUUCCGACACUGACAAGCAGCUGACGUUUGAUUGCAUCAGAAAUUUGUGCGGAAAAUACAUGGGAAAACCGAUGGAAUCCAUAUUGCGGCGCUUGGUGCCUGAGGGAGACGCCAAAAUUACUCUUGAACAUCUAGAGCGUCUGCAUUUCGGAAAUUUUAUGGAGCCUGAUGCUGUUCCGAAAAUUUAUGAUGAGAUUUGCGACGAAGCAGUGUUGCGGGAAAAAGUGAUCUUCUACUUAAGGGAGCAAGUUGCCAGUCAAGGAUCCCGGUUGGUGCUCACAAAAUAUUUGUUACAACACACGACAAGAGUAUGCAGAGCCCUACAAAGAGCCAACUCUAGACAUGCACUGCUCAUAGGCGAACCCGGAAGUGGUCGGACAUUUGUUGCUAAAAUUGCAGCUGCCAUUGCUGGAUACGCAAUCUCCCCCGCGGGAGCAUACGGUGUUGAAGAGUGGAAGUCGGACCUGAAAAGGGUGCUGAGGAGGUGCGGACCUGAGGACAAACCUACAGUGUUACUUUUGCGGGAAACCAUCGUGCAGCCCAGCUACAGGCUCGAGGACCUGAGCCAGUUGGUGGCCGCGGGCGAAAUUCCGACGCUCUGGGAGCCGGAGGAGCGACUCGAGUUGUUUGAAGGGAUGAACCAGCUUGCCAAAGUGAAGGGGAGAAAGUUGGAGGGAAGCAGUGCCACCAUUCAAAGCUUUUUCGUCGAAAGAGUUUGCUUCAACUUGCACAUCGUGCUUGUUGUGGAGCCAAACAAGUUGCUUUCCACGGAAUUGAAGCAUUUUCCAAUCUUGACGGACAAGUUCCAAGCUGACUAUUUUGGCGCUUGGCCGCCAGAAGCUCUAGAAGACAUCGCGACCGAAUUUUCGUCGCAAACAGAGGUCGCCGAAGCGGAUUUAUGCGUGGCAGCAUGCCGCAGUUUCCACUUGGCCGCACCGCCAGGUCCGCAGGCGGCCUUUUUGCGACUGAUGCACACUUUCGUCCGCCUGCACACAGCUUCCAGCGGGUCCAUUUCAACGCAUAAAGGGAGAUAUCUCUCCGGCCUGCAGAAACUGGAGCAAGCCGCUACGCAGGUCAUUGAGAUGAGGAAACAGCUGCAACUACUGCGGCCGCAACUCGUGGAAACGUCCGAAGAAACAGACAGGCUUAUGAUCAAAAUCGAGCAGGACACUGUUGAAGUUGAAGCUCGGAAAGAGAUUGUUGGCUCAGAUGAAGCAAAAGCAAACGAGGCGGCUGCGGCAGCGCAGGCCAUCAAGGACGACUGCGAGAGCGACUUGGCCGAAGCCGUGCCUGCCUUGGAGGCCGCCCUGACUGCCCUGGACACCCUCAAGCCGUCGGAUAUAACUGUAGUCAAGGCUAUGAAAAAUCCUCCGCCGGGUGUAAAGCUGGUGCUGGAGGCGAUUAGCGUAAUGAAAGGAGUGAAACCCGACCGGAAACCGCAUCCGUCUGGUUCAGGGAAAAUGAUCGAAGACUUCUGGGCGCCUUCUCUGCGACUUAUUGGCGAGAUCAAGUUUCUAGACAGCCUCAAGAGUUAUGACAAGGACGACAUUCCGCCACACAUAAUGGCUAGGAUCAGGGAAAAGUACAUUCACGACCGAGAGUUCAGACCUGAGGUGGUGCGGAAAUCGUCGGCCGCGUGCGAGGGUCUCUGCAAGUGGGUCAGGGCCAUCGAGGUUUACGACCGGGUGAUUAAAAUCGUCGCUCCGAAAAAGGCGAAACUGGCCGAGGCCGAGGCAGCCCUGGCCCAGCAGAUGGCAACCCUGAAUGAAAAGAGGACCCAACUGCAGCAGGUGUCAGAUAAGCUGCAAACCCUAAAUGACGACUUCGCGGCAAUGUCCAAGAAGAAGAAGGACCUGGAGGAUAAUAUAGACCUGUGCUCGCAGAAGCUGGAGCGGGCGGAAAAAAUGAUUGGAGGACUCGGCGGCGAGCGAAGCCGAUGGAGCGAAUUAGCAGCCUCCCUCGAGGGUCGUCUCGACAACGUCACUGGCGAUGUUUUGCUCGCAGCAGCCACUGUCACUUACCUCGGCGGCCUCUCCGAGAAGCAGAGACAGGAUAUGACGGUAAAAUGGAGCAACGAGUUGGACAGACUCGGCGUGCUCCACACAAAACCCUUUAGUUUGGCUGCCUGCCUUGGAGAUUCGAUCACAAUCAGAGACUGGCAAAUGUCCGGCCUUCCCGAAGAGCUUUACUCCGUUGAAAGUGCUAUUGUGACGACUAAUUGUGAUGCUCCUCCACUUUUAAUUGAUCCUCAAGGAAAAGGAUUGGCGUGGCUGAAGUCGACUCAGAACAACUGUAUUUUAGCGAAUGCAUCCCACCCGGAGUUCAAUAUGCAACUGGAGCGGGCCCUUCAAGAAGGUCAUCCUCUAAUCGUACAACUGCACGAAGCAAAUAUUCCUCCAGUCCUGAAUAAUGUUGUGCAGCGAGCACCAAAUGCCAAGGUGGCCCUGACAGAAACUCAGGUCCAAGUGAACGAUGCGUUCAGGCUGUACCUGGUGCUGUCCUUCAGAGCAAGUCUGGCGUCAGACGACCUGGCGAAGGUCACUCUCGUUGACUUCGGCGUUCACGUGGAGGGACUGGAAAAGCAGCUGCUAGGAUUGGUGGUGGGAAUGGAGCAGCCCCCGCUGGAAGCAGCGCGAAACGAGUUGGCUGUGGAGGGGGCAGCAAACAAGCAACAGCUCCAGCAAAUCGAGCAAAGGAUUCUGCAUAUGCUCUCUGAUACCGAGACAAACAUCCUCGAGGAUGAAACUGGACUACAGGUUCUCACGGCUUCAAAGGCUCUCUCGGAAGAAAUUUCAAGCAAACAACUGCUCUCUGCAAAAAGAGAGAAGGAUAUCGAGUCAGCGAGGACCGAGUACUUACCAGUGGCGAAGCACGCCACUCAACUGUACUUCUGCCUCGACGCGCUCGCCAAGCUGCAUCCCUGGUAUCAAUUUUCCCUCGAUUGGUUUGUCGAGGUCUACCAGGAGGCGUUGAAAGAAACACGACGUGAGGAAAACGCGAGUCUGACCGUUCGGCUGUCAACACUCAAAUCGAGCCUGACGAAAAAAAUUUUCGACGCAGUGUCGCCGGGCCUGUUUGAGAGCGACAGACAAAUUCUUGCUCUGCUUUUAUGGGUUGCGCAACUGCGGGGAGACGACAAUUUCCCAGAGGCUGCGUGGCGAUCGUUGCUAUCUGGAAGGCACUUGGAAUGUAUUCCUGGGCUGGAAGAUUACCACGCAGUUAGGGAAAAGGACCCGGAAAAAUGGGUACAGUUUGAAAAUAUUUUGGAAUGUGACGCAAUUCCAGAGCCAUUUUCAUCUCUUGAAGGUCUCGAUAGGCUCGCUUUAAUAAGACUUUGCAGACCUCAUGCAAUGCUACCUGAAAUCAGGCGUCUCGUUCUUUUGGAGCUGGGAAAAGGUUUCUCGCGUCCACCGGCUGCCGACGUGGAAGAGGCGGUGGCUUCUGCCGGAAACAAGAGACCAUUGAUCAUAGCUCUGGCGAAUGAAAUUGACCCUGUCAGGGCGGUGAUCAAGGCCGCUGGAGAUCGCGAAUGUCAACUCAUUGCACUCGGCGAGGGCCAAGAAAAGUUGGCGGAAGAAGCCAUUUUCGCGGCCGCGGCGAACGGCCAUUGGCUGAUUUUGCACAACUGCCACCUGACUCCAUCUGGAUGGGAGAACACCCUUCAGAGGAUGGCUGAGAAGGCGAUGGUUUCCAGUCACGCUGACUUCAGGCUCGUAAUCACCUUUGAAAAUUCGGGGGUUAAUCUUGGUCUUCUGCGUAAAGGACUGAGGGUUGCUUCAGAACUUUCUAGUGGUCUCAGAUCACGACUUCUACACUGCUUUGAAGACCCUGCGCAGUUAAUGGCUCAAGAAAGUAAAGAGCGAAAAACACUUUUGUUCGCGCUGAGUUUUACGCACGCGGUUGCUCAGACGCGCGGUUUAGCACGAGGGAACAAUUUUUGCGAGCAGGACCUCGACUUGAGCCAGGCAGUUUUGCAGAAUUUUGAUGACUGGGGUAUCAGCGGCUUGAAUCAGGCAGUCAGCGAGUGCAUUUUACGCGCCAGGACGUCUGACCCGGGAGAAAUAGCUACACUGACGGCGAUUGCGGACUAUUACCUGGCGCCGGAAGUGUUCAAUGACGAAGCGAUUUGUUUGACGAGAUUGAAAACCAAUGACCUGGACUCUUUAGAGGAGGAUCUUGCCCCGGAAACACUACAUUUGUCUACAAGCGUGCGGAGGAUCAAGGGCUUCCGUGAUGCCGAGCGGGUAAUAAAAAGCUUACAAACCAUGUAUGGCGCCGUAGAGCCUUCAAAUGCAGCGCUAAUAAAUGAAAAACUUCCAAUGCUGAAGAAGGAAAGCUUGGCGCAUACUAAAGAAAAGCUUGUACUCGUUCAGGAAAUUUGUUUGUUGGAAAAGGACUUGCUGGAGGCAAAAGUAAUUUCGCAGCAUCUCAAAGAACGUCAUGCAUUUUUGAAAAAGUGGCUUGCUGGUGAAUUUCCUCAUUUCUGGCUAGGAGGGGUUGCAAGAGCGGCGACGGUUUUAAGGGCGCUUUCGCCGCCUCACACUGAAAAAUUGUGCCUAGUUGUGUCUUCUGAGCAAACUUCGCCAUUGUUUAUGGCAAGUAUUUACAUCGUUUCAUCCUGGCGAAGAAGCUAA